CGGCUGGCCCCAGCCAUGCAGAACCGGAAUGACGCCGUGUGGAGCAGGACCCCUGUCCUCUUCUCUGCCUGGGAGGUGGAAAUGCAGAUGAGGGUGACGGGGCCGGGGCGCCGGGGAGCCCAGGGCAUGGCCGUGUGGUACACCCAGGGCAGGGGCCAAGUAGGCUCUGUCCUGGGGGCGCUGGACUCGGGGGACGGCAUUGGGAUCCUCUUCGACUCCUCGGCUGAGGAUACCCAGAACAGCCCUGCCAUCCGUGUGCUGGCCAGUGAUGGGCACACCCCCUACGAGGUGCUUGGGGAUGGAGCCAGCCGGGUGCUGGGCUCCUGCCACCGGGACUUCCGGAACCAACCUUACCCCUUCAGAGCACGGAUCACCUACUGGGGGCAGAGGCUGCGUGUGUCCUUGAACAGUGACCUCACUCCCAGCGACCCAGGUGAGGUCUGUGUCGAUGUGGGGCCCCUGCUUUUGGCCCCCGGAGGUUUCUUUGGGGUCUCGGCAGCCACCAGCACCCUGGCAGAUGACCAUGAUGUCCUGUCCUUCCUGACCUUCAGUCUGCGUGAGCCGGGUGCAGAGCCUCCCCCGCAGCCCUUCCUGGAGACAGAGCAGCUUCGCCUGGCAAGGCAGCUGGAAGGGCUGCAGGCAAGGCUGGCCCUGGGCACCAAGGAGGACAUGAUUCCAAAGCCGAACUGUGAAGUCCAGGAAGAGGGGGAAACAAGCUUUGACCUGGAGGAGACACUGCACAGACACAGCCAGAUCCUGCAGGCUCUCCAGGGUCUCUCCAAGCACUUGGCACAGGCUGAGAGGCAAUGGAAGAAGCAGCUGGUGUCCCCAGGCCAGGCCAGGCCGGAGGGAGCCUGGACCCAGGACUCCCCCUGCCAGGUUCUACCCACCCCUGAGAGAGGUGGCCAACUCUCCAGGUCACUCGACUCAGCUAAGGUCAGUGCCCUACUCCAUGGACAGCGGACUCUGCUCCAAGACCUGCAAGAGAUGAGGGAUGCAGCUGCUCACAUGGCCUCAAGAGCCCAGGUCUUCUAUCUGCCUGUGGGCACCAAGCAUCAUUUCUUAGAGCUGGCCCAGAUCCUGAGCCUUCUGCAGAAGGACCUGCGUGGUCCAGUGAAAGCGGCAGCCAAGGACUCCUGCCCACCUGGUCGGCCCCCAGGGGUUUCCUCGUGCCUGCAGCCUGGCAUCUUCCUGUUCUUGUUCUUCCUCCUCCAGCCUUUCCAGAUUGCAGGCUUCUUCUGCUAUGUACACUUCAGGCAGGAGCUGGACAAGAACCUUCAGGACGAUUUGUCCACAGGCAGCCUUCCUUUGAGUCCUGCACCACAAGUCCCUAGGACCCUGGGGGCUCUGAGGAGGCAGCCCGUCUCCCCCAGCAUACAUGGCGACCUACCUCAACGCCCUGAAGAAAUGUCCACUUCUCAUCACUAGGAAGUCACUCUAUGUCUGGGAGGUGGAGAGCUUGGCCAGUGUCCUCUGCCUCUGGGUACCCAG